ACGGAGUAGGAACUCUCCAACAUCGUCGUCAUAGACCAAGAGAUGCCCAUGAACAGCCAUGAAAGUGCCAGUCAGGGAAGUAUUCAGUGCUUUGUUGUAGAGUUGUUGGAUAGAGGCACAGGAUCAUUUCAUGUUGUUGAGGAGAAAGGAGCAACAGCCUCCUCCCACCUUAUUAAAAAUAGAGAUUUAAAAAAAUCUCUAAUUUCCUCGAAGUACAGAAUCUCAAGAGGUAGCUCUAAGGAGAAUCCCUCUGGGUUUGAGCGCAUUCCUCUUCCAGGGGGCCUAUUCUUGGACUGCUUUCCUUAAUAGAGAAAUCUCUCUGAGCCAAAAUCGGCCUCCCCCAACUCCAUCCUGUCGGCCCCACUUUUCUGCUCCGGAGACUUCCAGGCCAGUCCCCACUCCUCCUUCAGCCAGUCGGGCCCGCACCCGCGCCCGGCAGGGCCAGCCCUCUCCUCCUCCUGCGUGGCGCAGCACAGGCCCUGAGCGCGCGACCCCAGGCCCUGGGCGCCCCGCCGCAUGCUUGCGGCUGGAAGCCCCAGUUUGCGUGGCCCUUCGGGUUAUUCCGCUCAAGAGCCGCCGCGUCGCCCCAUCUCGGCGCGAAUCUGAAAGCGUUUUCGGGGGAGAAGAUGUUGGGGGCACUGGUCUGGAUGCUGGUAGCCGUUUUCCUGCUGGCGCUGCCGCCGAGCUGGGCCGCGGGCGCCCCAAGGGCGGGCAGGCGCCCGGCGCGGCCGCGGGGCUGCGCGGACCGGCCGGAGGAGCUACUGGAGCAGCUGUACGGGCGCCUGGCGGCCGGCGUGCUCAGCGCCUUCCACCACACGCUGCAGCUGGGGCCGCGUGAGCAGGCGCGCAACGCGAGCUGCCCGGCAGGGGGCAGGCCCGCCGACCGCCGCUUCCGGCCGCCCACCAACCUGCGCAGCGUGUCGCCCUGGGCCUACAGAAUCUCCUACGACCCGGCGAGGUACCCCAGGUACCUGCCUGAAGCCUACUGCCUGUGCCGGGGCUGCCUGACCGGGCUGUUCGGCGAGGAGGACGUGCGCUUCCGCAGCGCCCCUGUCUACAUGCCCACCGUCGUCCUGCGCCGCACCCCCGCCUGCGCCGGCGGCCGUUCCGUCUACACCGAGGCCUAUGUCACCAUCCCCGUGGGCUGCACCUGCGUCCCCGAGCCGGAGAAGGACGCAGACAGCAUCAACUCCAGCAUCGACAAACAGGGCGCCAAGCUCCUGCUGGGCCCCAACGACGCGCCCGCUGGCCCCUGAGGCCGCUCCUGCCCCGGGAGGUCUCCCCGGCCCGCAUCCCGAGGCGCCUAAGCUGGAGCCGCCUGGAGGGCUCGGUCGGCGACCUCUGAAGAGAGUGCACCGAGCAAACCAAGUGCCGGAGCACCAGCGCCGCCUUUCCAUGGAGACUCGUAAGCAGCUUCACCUGACACGGGCAUCCCUGGCUUGCUUUUAGCUACAAGCAAGCAGCGUGGCUGGAAGCUGAUGGGAAACGACCCGGCACGGGCAUCCUGUGUGCGGCCCGCAUGGAGGGUUUGGAAAAGUUCACGGAGGCUCCCGGAGCAGCCUCUCAGAUCGGCUGCUGCGGGUGCAGGGCGUGACUCACCGCUGGGUGCUUGCCAAAGAGAUAGGGACGCAUAUGCUUUUUAAAGCAAUCUAAAAAUAAUAAUAAGUAUAGCGACUAUAUACCUACUUUUAAAAUCAACUGUUUUGAAUAGAGGCAGAGCUAUUUUAUAUUAUCAAAUUAGAGCUACUCUGUUACAUUUCUUAACAUAUAAACAUUGUUUUUUACUUCUUCUGGUAGAAUUUUUUAAAGCAUAAUUGGAAUCCUUGGAUAAAUUUUGUAGCUGGUACACUCUGGCCUGGGUCUCUGAAUUCAGCCUGUCACCGAUGGCUGACUGAUGAAAUGGACACGUCUCAUCUGACCCACUCUUCCUUCCACUGAAGGUCUUCACGGGCCUCCAGGUGGACCAAAGGGAUGCACAGGCGGCUCGCAUGCCCCAGGGCCAGCUAAGAGUUCCAAAGAUCUCAGAUUUGGUUUUAGUCAUGAGUACACAAACAGUCUCAAACUCGCACAAUUUUUUCCCCCUUUUGAAAGCCACUGGGGCCAAUUUGUGGUUAAGAGGUGGUGAGAUAAGAAGUGGAACUUCACAUCUUUGCCAGUUGUCAGAAGAAUCCAAGCAGGUAUUGGCUUAGUUGUAAGGGCUUUAGGAUCAGGCUGAAUAUGAGGACAAAGUGGGCCACGUUAGCAUCUGCAGAGAGCAAUCUGGAGGCUUCUGUUUCUACAUUCUGCCACGAGAGCUAGGUCCUUGCUCUUUUCUUUACAUUGAAAGUCUGUCUCUGAACACAAUUAUUUGUAAAAGUUAGAAGUUCUUUUUAAAUCAUUAAAAGAGGCUUGCUGAAGGA